UUACCUAUACUUUUAUACUGAAAUAUUUGUAAACAAUUACAAGACAUGAUAAAAAUAUAAAAAAACCCGCUGCGUUUCUUUCGUCGGUUCGUAUCAGUUCAGGUAUUUCUUUUCCGAACCGGUGGUAACUUUUAAUUUGACAAUCAAUACGUAACUGUAAUGCUUUUAUGUUGAAUAAAAGACGUUUUUUUUGAUUUGAUUACACAUGACUUGACCAUCUGGAUUUUCUUGUAACAUGUGAAAUUAUUAAAUUUAUUAUUAAUAUUUCUAAUUUUAAACAUGGUGCAAAUAAAUGCUCUUAUUGGCAACUUCGGAAAGUAUCAUAUAUAUCUUUGCAUUAUGAUUUUUUUAAGUAAAUUUCUUGUUGCUUUUCAUCAGAUGGCUAUAUUAUUUUUGGCUCCUCCUGUGCAUUACAUUUGCCCUCAUAAUAAAACAUGCUGUGACGUCCCUGUUUAUGAUAAAACAGACUUUACUCGGACUAUUGUAACCGAAUGGAAUUUAAUAUGUCAUAAUUCGUGGCAAAAGGAUUUCAAUCAAACAGUUUUUCAAUUCGGUGUUCUAAUCGGAAGCCUUGCCUUUGGUCUUGCAUCUGAUGGAUUUGGUAGAAGAAUAUCAUUGCUUGUUGCUAUUAUUCUUGAAAUUUUCACCGGAUUGCUGACUGCUGUUAUGCCUGAAUACUGGAGCUUCACAAUGUUACGAAUGUUUUUGGGUAUUGCUGUUGGCGGAGUGAUGGUAGUUUCAUUUGUUCUACUGAUGGAAUUCAUUGGCUGCGUACACAGAGAAACUCUGUCUAUAGUUUUUCACAUUCCAUUUACAAUUGGACAUAUCAUAUUAGCUCUUUUUGGAUAUUAUAUAAGGGACUAUGUGCAUUUUCAAAUAAGCAUAUCUGCGGCUGGUUUGGUUCAGCUGUUUUAUACAUGCAUGUUACCCGAAUCGCCCAGAUGGCUAUUGUCAAAGAAUAAAACUUUCAAAGCCAUUACAGCUAUGGAACGUAUAGCCAAAAUAAACAAUCUCUCAAUAGAUGGAAUUCGGCAAGAAAUUGAGACAUAUCAACUGGAUUCUAUAACGUUUAGACGUCGAAAGCAAACAGUUCUUGAUUUAUUUCGUAAUUCUUACUUAAGAAAAAAUUUAUUCAUAAUGUCAUUUUCGUGGUUUGUAUCGGGAUAUUGCUAUUAUGGAGUCUCCCAAUUUAUCAGCCGUUUAACAGGAAAUAUAUUUUUUAAUGUAGUGACAAACGGUAGCGUGUGUUUAAGUGGGUGUUUUUUAGCAAUUCCUCUAAUUAAAUUCAUGGGUAGGAAGAUACUAACCAUAUGUUUUAAUAUCGCAAGUAGUGUUUGCCUCAUAACUAUUGUCUUAAUUCCAGACGAUAUUGGAACUUUAAUAGUCAGUUGUGUUGGUGAUUUAUUUAGUUUCAUGACAUUCAUUGUUCUUUACUUGUAUUGUUCGGAAAUGUUUCCGACGGUUGUACGGAAUGCUGCCAUAGGUAUUUCGUCGAUGAUGGCGCGAUUUGGUUCCAUGAUAGCACCUUUCGUUGCGGAUUUUCGAAUUUACGGAAAGUGGUGUGCUCCUGUGGCAUUUGGAGUACCUCCAAUGAUUGCUGCUGUGUUGUGUAUAUUUCUUCCGGAAACAAAGGGAACAGACCUUGUAAUGUCUAUAGAAGAAAGUGAUACCGCACACCGUAACACUUACUCGCCUUCUCGGGGUCGGAGCACGGUUUCUGAAGAACAUAUAAAUUAAAAAAGAUAGUAGUUAUUAAAGGAUACUGUUGUUCUAUUUCCUAAA